AUGUCAAUAUCACUCGAGGAUGAAAUUGAUCAGUUUUAUCAGCAGCAAAACGAAGAAGACUUUGAAAAACGCUUUGAAGAUGAAUUUGAAGUGAUGAAAGAAGUAGAAGCGAAUCAGGAUGAAAAUGAGCCAAAGUCAAAACGUAAGCUCUCAUACGACCAACCAUUAGUUGAUGAAUCGAGUUCAAACCAGCAAAGUUCAUUUUCAUUGCCAGAAUCGAAGAAAAGCAAGAAUUCAACAACGACAGAUAAUGUUGAAGCUACUGAUACCCACCACUGCCAUUCUCCGUUAGCAUCUGAAAUUGAUCAAAAUAUUCCUAAUGUAGUAUCUAUACCAUUGAUUGGAAGCGAAUGGUUGCCUGUUACUGGUAGCGAUGGUAGGAGAGUUUAUGUUCGGUUUAAAAAAAGUGACACCGAUAAUUUUGGCAGUCCACUGCUAGCAAGUCGGAAUCAUUCGAAAGGGCAACUAAUUUCACCAUCAGGACAGUUACAAUUAUUAUCAACUCCAUUUAGUAUCUUAAGGGAUCAAGUAGAAGAAAUGAGACUUAAGAAAUUAUUGAAUACGACCAAUACUGAAGCGGAACCUAGCAAAAUGGAAAUAGAGGAGGGUGAUGCAAAUGAUACAGAUGGUAAUGUUAGUCAUCAAGACGAAAAGCAGAAAUCAAAAGCAAUGGUAUCAUUAUGGGUUGAUAAAUAUUCUCCGCAUCAUUAUAGAGAAUUACUUAGUGAUCAUUCAACAAACCGUAGCUUACUGUCAUGGCUAAAAUUAUGGGAUAAGACUGUUUUUGGCAAAGAUUUCAAUAUUCCUGAUGAAACACUUGCAAAUCAAUUGGCCGUCGACACUCAAAAUCGCCCUUUAAAGAAGGUCGCGUUACUUUGUGGGCCUCCAGGAUUAGGUAAAACGACACUUGCUCACGUCAUUGCUAGACACGCUGGAUAUAAUGUAUUAGAGAUGAAUGCUAGCGAUGAUCGCUCUGUGGAAAUAUUUCGCCAAAGAAUUGAAUCAGCUACUCAAAUGCAUUCAAUUAGUGGAGAUGAAAAGGGAUUGCCUAAUUGCUUACUGAUUGACGAAAUUGAUGGGGCUCCAACCGCGUCUGUGGAGGUGUUGAUCAAAUUUAUAAGGAACACUGAGAAUGCUAAAGUAAAGAAGAAAUCGAAAGGGCAUCAAAAUAUUCUGUCUCGACCGAUUAUUUGUAUUUGUAAUGACCAAUAUGUUCCAUCAUUGCGCCAGCUGAGACAGCACGCUUUGGUGAUUACAUUUCCUCCAACAUCUACAAACAGAUUAGCAGGAAGAUUGCAAGAUAUAUGUCGAAAGGAAAAAUUACUGACUGACUUGUUUGCUUUAUCAGCUCUUUGUUCAAAAGCUGAAAAUGAUAUUAGGUCAUGCAUUAAUACGUUACAGUUCUUGCAACGACAAUCUAAUCGAUUCUCUACGGAUAUGGUGCAUACUAUUCGAAUUGGUCAGAAAGAUCAAAAGGGCAGUUUAUUUGAUUUAUGGAAAAAUAUAUUCCGUCAGAAAAAGGACAGGUCGUUUAGCGCGCCGGUAUUUAAUGAUCAAAUUGAAAAAGAGGCGGAUCAUCUUUCUUACUAUCCAAAUCAUACCCCUAGAAUGUCAUCGACCGCGAAAAGAUUUUAUAACAUAUUAAAUUUAACUAUGAAGGCUGGAGAAUAUGAUAAAUUGAUGCAAGGUUUAUUUGAAAACUAUCUAAAUAUUAAGUUCAAGGAUAGAUACUUAACGUUGUUUUCUCAAAAAAUCAGAAGAAUUAAUUAUCUAGUUUUAAACGUAAUGGGAGAAGUUUCUCCAACCAUACGGCGGAAUUUAUUUGUCAGUGAAGUCGUAAUGUAUUUGUUACCGUCAUUACUGGAAAUUCUUUCUCCUGCAGGAUUAGCGAACAACGCACAGUUACACAGUCAAGCGGAUAAAGAGCAAUUACUUCGCGUCGUUAAUGCAAUGAUAUCAUAUAACUUAUCCUAUCAGCAGAUAAGGAACAGCGAUGGACAGUAUAACUAUCUAUUCGAGCCCCCAAUUGACGAGGUUAUCCAUUACCCUGGACAAACACAGCAAAAACAGUUGUCUUAUAACAUCAAGCAAAUUAUUGCUCAGCAGGUUGAACACGGUAAACUAAAAUGGCAUGCAAAUGAAAUUAAUGAACUAGAUAAGCAGCAACCCUUAAGUAAAGAAUUGAAACGAGAUAUAGUCAAUACUAAGCGUAUGCCACCGAAAGAAUCUAAAAUUGCUGAAAUAUUGAGUGGUGGCGGAGAUCAGCCAUUUGCUAGAAAUCAAGAUUCGUUUUUGGAUGCAGUUUCUGAAUCAGAUAAUAAGAACCUUCCUGAAGAGCUCAAGGCUUCGUUUUGGUAUAGAUUUAAUGAAGGGUUCACUAAUGCAGUUCGCAGAAAUAUAAAAAUGAAGCAUCUUUUAUAG